CACUUGUAGCCUUAUUCCCCUCAAUUUUGGUCUUGUAGGCCUUAUUCCCCUCAAUUUUGGUGUGUCUUCACUCUCCACACAUCUCUCACUGGAGAGAAGCUUGUUCCACUCUCUCUAUCUCCACCGGAGUGGUUCAAGGUUCUGGGUAAUUAUUAUCAGAAAGACAAAUGACGCAUUCGAUGAGCUUGAUCUCUAUAGGCCUCGGAUUCAGUCAAAUUCCAAAAACUAAAGUCGGUGUAUGUGGAAGGUUCAAUCCAAGAUCUUCAGCACGGCUUCGGAUUCAGGCUGUGCAAGAAAACGGUGGAUCACGGAGACUAGUGGACAUUAUUAGACUCGUGCCUGACCUCUCAAAGAAUUACUUUAGGAGGCCUUCUCGCAGGACUUUGUUUGGUGGAAUCGCCUUGUUGGGUGGAUUUUAUGUUGCGCAAACGAUCUCACUCUCUUUUGGAGCUCUAGCAGUCAAUGAUGUCAUUGCUGCGGUGGUAUGUGUUCUUCUUACUGAGUAUGUGACCAAGUUCUAUUACAGCCGGCCAAAAAUUACUUUCCCUGUUGCUCUUCUCAACAAUUUCAAAAUGGGUUUCACUUAUGGACUUUUCAUUGAUGCCUUUAAGCUUGCAAGUUGAUCCUCAACAUCUAAACACAAUUUUCAAGACUCCUGCCCUCCAAAAUUGGUUUGGUUGUGUUUGAUCACCAAGCUUGUACAUGCUGGAACUUUUUAACAUCUAAAUGCAACUUCUCAAGAUAUAUAUUUACAUGGUAGCUAUCCAUAUUUGGUCUUGUUGUGUUUAACCACCAAGCUUGUACAUGUUAAUGGCUCUUGAACUGUCCUCUGAUUUGUUGUAUAUCAGCUAGAAUAACUGCAAUAAAUUAUAUCAAUUUUUUUUCCUUAUAUUUCUUCCA